UCCUCUUUCCAACAUGGCGCAGGAGGCAGGUCGCUAAUGGAAAUCUGAGGGAUUUACCCCACCUUCUGUGUUUAUUUAUGUUUGUCUGUUAGGGGCACUGCGGCUGACAUUUCUAAAGGAAUACGUCUGUAUCUGAGACGCUUGCAGCCCCCUCGGGACCAGGCACACCUCGCCCCAAAUUCCGGUGCGACAUGUUUGAGGGCAAAAAGACGAAAAACAUGUUCCUUACCCGAGCUUUGGAAAAGAUCCUGGCCGACAAGGAGGUGAAAAAGGCUCAUCACUCUCAGUUGCGCAAAGCCUGCGAGGUGGCAUUAGAGGAAAUCAAAGAGGAAUCUGAAAAAUUAAGUCCGCCCACUGGAGACGGCAAAUCGGGUUCCAGCACUUUACCGCCAAUCAAAUCAAAGACCAACUUCAUUGAAGCCGACAAGUACUUCUUGCCGUUUGAGUUGGCAUGUCAGUCCAAAUGUCCCCGCAUCGUCAUCACCUCGCUCGACUGUUUACAGAAGCUGAUAGCGUACGGCCACCUGACGGGCAGCGCCCCGGACAGCACCGCCCCGGGAAAGAAGCUCAUCGACAGGAUCAUCGAGACCAUCUGCGCCUGUUUCCAAGGGCCGCAGACCGACGAGGGCGUGCAGCUGCAGAUCAUCAAGGCUCUGUUGACAGCGGUGACGUCCCAGCACAUAGAGAUCCAUGAAGGCACCGUCCUGCAGGCUGUCAGGACCUGCUACAACAUCUACCUGGCCAGCAAGAACCUCAUCAACCAGACCACAGCCAAGGCCACGCUCACACAGAUGCUUAAUGUCAUCUUCGCCCGCAUGGAGAACCAGGCACUGCAGGAAGCCAAGCAGCUGGAGCGGGAGCGACACCGGCAGCAUUCUCCAGUUGCUCAGCACCCCGAGCCCGACUCCCCCCAGCUCCAGACCCACAUCCACCCUCAGGCCAAGGAUCUGCCCCAGGAGGCCAACGGGCCCACCACCCCUUCCACCCCCAUCACCACGCCCUCAAACACCAUUCCAUCCACCCCGUCCACACCCACAGUCCCUGCUCCCAAGGGCAGUAACACGCCUGUGUCUGGGGAGCAGGAGGACCAGGGAGAGCACGGCUCCGUAGACGAGAGCCCCGACCCGGAGAACGGCUCCGACUUCUGCGUGGCAGAGAACGAGCAGACUGAGGCAGACCAAGCCACCGCAGCAGCACAGAAUGCAGCAGCCCAGCAGCAUCAGGGGGGAGGCGAGGAGGAAGAAGAGGAGACCCCAAACUAUGAGGAGAAAGCCCAGGAAAUCGUCCAGAGUAUUCUGCAGGAGGUGGUCAAUACUGUUGCUGGAGGGCACUGCCUGGACCCCGCCCACCUGUGCUCUGACACCAAGGAGCCCAGUGGCGAGGCCGAGCCGGCAGAGUCGGAGUCCACCGAAAGGGUGACGGAGGGCACCCAGAGCUCGCUGGAGGACGAGGGCACGCUGGGCAGCGACAGUGAGCACGUCCACGCCAAUGGCAUCCCCGGCACGCCUAUUUCUGCCAGCUUCACCCCGUCUCUGCCUGACGACAGACUGUCUGUCUCAUCCAAUGACACUCAGGAAUCUGGGGCAGCACCAGGCCAGCCUCCGGGUGCUAAAUUCUCCCAUAUCCUCCAGAAGGAUGCCUUCCUUGUCUUUCGCUCACUCUGCAAGCUGUCUAUGAAGCCGCUGUCAGAUGGACCACCUGACCCCAAGUCCCAUGAGCUGCGCUCCAAGGUCUUGUCCCUCCAGCUGCUCCUGUCCAUCCUCCAGAACGCCGGGCCCAUCUUCAAGACCAAUGAGAUGUUCAUCAACGCCAUCAAGCAGUACCUGUGUGUGGCUCUGUCCAAGAAUGGUGUCUCUUCUGUGCCUGAGGUCUUUGAGCUGUCGCUCUCUAUUUUCCUCACCCUCCUGUCCCACUUCAAGACGCACCUCAAGAUGCAGAUCGAGGUGUUCUUCAAGGAGAUUUUCCUGUACAUUCUUGAGACGUCCACAAGCUCCUACGACCACAAGUGGAUGGUCAUACAAACACUGACUAGAAUAUGCGCAGAUGCCCAGAGUGUGGUGGACAUAUAUGUGAACUAUGAUUGUGACUUGAAUGCUGCUAACAUAUUUGAGCGCCUGGUCAACGACCUCUCGAAGAUCGCACAGGGUCGGGGGGGCCACGAGCUCGGCACAACACCUCUUCAGGAGCUGACCCUGAGAAAAAAAGGCCUUGAAUGUCUAGUCUCCAUCCUGAAGUGUAUGGUGGAAUGGAGUAAGGAUCAAUAUGUCAACCCCAACUCCCAGACCAGCCUCGGCCAAGAGAAGCCGUCAGAGCAGGAGAGCACAGAGACCAAGGCUCCAGAGACCAUAAAUCGCUAUGGGAGCAUCAACUCCCUGGACUCCACAGCCUCCUCUGGCAUCGGCAGCUACAGCACUCAGAUGUCAGGCACCGACAACCCAGAGCAGUUUGAGGUCCUCAAACAGCAAAAGGAGAUCAUCGAACAGGGCAUCGACCUGUUCAACAAGAAACCAAAGAGAGGCAUCCAGUACCUUCAAGAGCAAGGCAUGCUUGGCACCACCCCAGAGGACCUUGCUCAGUUCUUGCACCAGGAAGAGAGGCUUGAUUCGACUCAAGUGGGGGAGUUCCUCGGGGACAAUGACCGCUUUAAUAAAGAAGUGAUGUAUGCCUACGUGGACCAAAUGGACUUCCAGGGCAAAGACUUUGUCUCUGCGCUGCGGAUGUUCCUGGAGGGAUUUCGGCUACCUGGGGAAGCCCAGAAGAUAGACCGUCUCAUGGAGAAAUUUGCUGCUAGAUACCUGGAAUGCAACCAGGGGCAAACCCUGUUUGCUAGUGCUGACACUGCAUAUGUCCUUGCCUACUCCAUCAUUAUGUUGACAACAGACCUUCACAGUCCACAGGUGAAGAAUAAAAUGACUAAAGAGCAGUACAUCAAGAUGAACCGAGGCAUCAACGACAGCAAAGACCUGCCCGAGGAGUACCUGUCGGCCAUUUAUGACGAAAUUGCGGGGAAAAAGAUUGCCAUGAAGGAGACGAAAGAGCUCACCAUCAAGUCCAACAAGCAGAGUGUGGCCAGUGAGAAGCAGAGGCGUCUGCUCUACAACUUGGAGAUGGAGCAGAUGGCAAAAACGGCCAAAGCUCUGAUGGAGGCUGUCAGUCACGUCCAGGCUCCGUUCACCAGCGCUACACAUCUGGAGCACGUCAGGCCCAUGUUCAAGCUGGCGUGGACGCCCUUCCUUGCUGCUUUCAGUGUGGGACUUCAGGACUGUGACGACACUGAGGUGGCCUCCCUUUGCCUGGAGGGAAUCCGCUGUGCGAUCAGAAUAGCGUGCAUCUUCUCCAUACAGUUGGAGAGGGAUGCAUAUGUGCAGGCCCUGGCAAGGUUCACCCUGCUGACAGCCAGCUCUGGCAUCGCAGAGAUGAAGCAGAAGAACAUUGACACCAUCAAGACCCUCAUCACUGUGGCCCACACAGAUGGCAACUACCUGGGCAACUCCUGGCACGAGAUCAUGAAGUGCAUCAGUCAGCUGGAGCUGGCUCAGCUGAUCGGUACGGGGGUGAAGGCGCGCUACAUCUCAGGGACGGUGAGGGGCAAAGAGGGCUUCAUCACGAGCACCAAGGAGCAGAGCAAUGACGAGUACCUGGGUCUAGUUGGAGGGACAGUGGACCGUAAGCAGAUUGCAAGCAUCCAGGAGUCCAUCGGUGAGACCAGCUCUCAGAGUGUGGUGGUGGCUGUGGACAGGAUAUUCACAGGUUCUACCAGACUGGAUGGUAAUGCAAUAGUCGACUUUGUGCGCUGGCUGUGUGCUGUGUCCAUGGAUGAGCUGGCCUCGCCCACACACCCACGUAUGUUCAGCCUGCAGAAGAUAGUGGAGAUCUCGUACUACAACAUGGGCCGCAUCAGGCUGCAGUGGUCCAGGAUCUGGGAGGUCAUCGGAGACCAUUUCAACAAGGUUGGCUGUAAUCCCAAUGAAGACGUGGCUAUCUUUGCAGUGGACUCUCUCCGGCAACUGUCCAUGAAAUUUUUAGAGAAGGGGGAGCUGGCCAACUUCAGAUUCCAGAAAGACUUCUUGAGGCCUUUCGAGCACAUCAUGAAAAAGAACAGGUCUCCCACCAUCAGAGACAUGGUGGUUCGCUGUAUAGCCCAGAUGGUGAACUCCCAGGCAGGAAACAUCCGCUCAGGCUGGAAAAACAUCUUCUCUGUCUUCCACCUGGCCGCCUCUGACCAGGAUGAGAGCAUCGUAGAGCUGGCCUUCCAGACCACGGGCCAUAUCGUCACGAAUGUAUUUGAGAAGCACUUUGCGGCCACCAUCGACUCCUUCCAGGACGCCGUUAAGUGUCUCUCAGAGUUUGCCUGUAACGCCUCGUUCCCAGACACCAGCAUGGAGGCCAUCCGCCUCAUCCGACACUGCGCCAAAUACGUCUCUGACAGGCCACAGGCCUUCAAAGACUACACCAGUGAUGAUAUGAAUGUAGCGCCUGAGGACCGUGUGUGGGUGCGGGGGUGGUUUCCCAUCCUGUUCGAGCUCUCCUGCAUCAUCAACAGGUGUAAACUGGAUGUCAGGACCAGGGGCCUGACGGUGAUGUUUGAAGUGAUGAAGACCUACGGCCACACCUUUGAGAAGCACUGGUGGCAGGACCUGUUCAGGAUUGUCUUCAGGAUCUUUGACAACAUGAAGCUGCCUGAGCAACAAACUGAGAAAGCGGAGUGGAUGACCACCACCUGCAACCACGCACUUUAUGCCAUCUGUGACGUCUUCACCCAGUACUUUGAGUCUCUGAACGACGUCCUGUUGGACGACAUUCUGGCUCAGCUCUACUGGUGUGUGCAGCAAGAUAAUGAGCAGCUUGCCCGUUCAGGCACCAACUGUCUGGAGAACGUGGUCAUCCUGAACGGGGAGAAGUUCUCCCCGGAGACCUGGGACAAGACAUGUAACUGCAUGCUGGACAUCUUCAAGACCACCAUCCCACAUGCGCUAUUAACAUGGAGGCCAGCAGGAGCAGAGGGAGAACACAUGACGGCACUGAGCCUGUCGGACAAACAGUUGGACUCCAUCUCCCAGAAGUCAGUGGACAUCCAGUCGCGCUCCGAGGACCAGCACUCCAUCAGCAGUGGGGACCGGGUUGCCAUGGAGAGCCGUCGGCAGAGUCAGUACAGCUCGUCCUCAGGCAUGUGUGAGGACGGGCCCAGGAACAGGACCCCAACCAAAGUCCAGGAGCAGCGCUUGUUCUCGGCCUUGCUGAUAAAGUGCGUCGUGCAACUAGAGCUGAUCCAGACUAUUGACAACAUCGUUUUUUUUCCUGCUACCAGUAAGAAGGAGGACGCUGAAAACUUUGCUGCUGCACAGCGGGACGCUCUGUACGCAGCAGAUGUCCCUGUGGAGACACAGGACCAGGGCAUGUAUCGCUACCUAACCUCUGAGCAGCUGUUCAAGCUGCUGGACUGCCUGCUGGAGUCACAUCGCUUCGCCAAGGCUUUCAAUUCCAACAAUGAGCAGAGGACCUUACUGUGGAAGGCAGGGUUCAAAGGCAAGUCGAAGCCCAACCUGCUGAAGCAGGAGACCAGCAGCCUGGCGUGUGGCCUGCGCAUCCUGUUCCGCAUGUACACCGACGAGAGCCGCCAGGAGGCCUGGGAGGAGGUGCAGAGACGACUGCUCAACGUGUGCAGUGAAGCUGUUGCCUACUUCUUGGCUCUGACCUCAGAGAGCCACAGGGAGGCCUGGACCAACCUGCUGCUGCUCUUCCUCACCAAGGUGCUGAAGAUCAGUGAUGAAAGGUUUAAGGCUCAUGCAUCCAGAUAUUACCCUCUGCUGUGUGAGAUCAUGCAGUUCGACCUGAUCCCUGAGCUCCGGGCCGUUUUAAGGAAAUUUUACCUGCGAAUCGGCCUGGUGUUCCAGAUUGCACAGCUGCCUGAGCCCGAGCCCGAGCCUGAGCCCGAGCCUCAGCCUCAGCCAGAGGCUGUUGAGCUGGAGACAGAUACAGAGGUGGGGGAGGAGGCUGGGGAGGAGGCUCAGUGAUGGUGCACCACAUGCAGGCCAGCACCCGGAGCUCCACUGGGCUCAGAGACCCCCACCUUAAGUUUGAGGCUGUACGUGACCUCACAGUGGCUCCUUAUCGCCUCAAAGCGCCCCGGUGAUGGCAUGGGGCCCUCCCAGCAGUUUUUGCCGAACGCUUGACUCUCUUGGCUGAUAAUCAAUCAGCUGCUCCCCCCUUCCAACUCCCUACCACCACCAACUCCGCCCCCACACCCAACCUCUUUCACCACACAGAGAUACGUGUACACACACACACACACACACAUAUACACACACAACCCACACAGAGUACUUGAUAUCACUAAACAGCAGUGAUUACAUUGUACAAGGUGUAGCGAUGCCUCCACUGGAUAAUACUACUGAUUAGCAACAACUGACAAUUACCCAUAUCUCUGAUUUGCUCAGAAGGAAUAUAUUUCAAAUUAACGUGUGCUUCUUACUGUAUAUUUAAAAGUAAAGAAUGAAUGGUUUCAACAUCACGCAAAAUGACAUAUUCAGUAACCAUGAAAUGUGACAGUUGUCACACAGUGAUAAUAUUGAUCUCUCUAUCUGCACCGCAGAUGGCUAACAUUAGUAUUGAUAGCCUCUUGGAUGAAAUUAGUUGUACAGAUCUGCCGCUAUGUAAUAUAAUCUUGUAACACUAGAUUUCAUUUAUUUUUUUUUUUAUGUUUUUCCUUCUCUGGAUUUGCUGCACUUGAUCUCUUUUUUGAAUGCACUGGAGAUUUUACUUUUGUGAUAAUUUAUUUGACUGUACCAUCUCCUGCAGAUUGUCCUAUGUAAGAUUUGUAACUGAACAAGACAGUGGCAAGUGAAGGGUUAAAUUAUUCCAUUUUAUAUGUUCUUAAGUUUUUAACUCAGAUAGAUGAUAACUGGGCUCCUGAAACUGGAAGAGAAUAGGGCAACCUGAUACUAGCUGCUUUUGAGUCAUUGGUCUGUUUUCAUGUUUGAAGUUAGUUUUCACUCUUGUGUACAAAAUCAAAAAUUAAUAAUAUAUUUCUUUUUUUUUUUUCCUUUGGUUUGGGGAAAGUUAUAUGUAUAGAAAAAAUGAAUAAUGUUAGCUGUGCUUUAAAGUGUAUGGAUGGGAUGCAUUCCUGCUCAUGGAUGUAGAAAACAAAAUGUAUAUGAUACAGCAAUGUAAAGUUUUCUAUGUUGCAAAAAGAUUAUGUACAACUUUCUGUACAAUACACCAUCUGGCAUUCUAAUCAGGUUCUAGGUCAAUAAAGUUUUUGAACUUGGUUGAUUUGAAA